GCAGUCUGAGACAAGUAGAUAACCCACCUUUCCCGUCUUUUGCUUUCUCGUUUCCUGAUUCUUUUUCACAAAACAGGAAACAAAAGCGUCCCACUCUCAUUUUAUCAACCGAGUAAUAAAUCUUCCACUCUCCUUUUAUUUAAUUCAACCUCCCAUCUCUCUCAUCGUGCUAAAGUAAAAAACUCCCAUUCACGAGACAGUUGUUUUAGCCUCUCACACCAUUUACACUUCCACUUGUGCUUUCAAUAAAUAAAAAUCAUUAUUAUCCCAAAUAUCCCAAAUAUAAAUAAAUGUAAUCUCUCUGAUUUUGUCCUCUUCUUUCUCCCAACGAGAAUGGCGAAAGAGCUUCUUCUACAACUUCGUCUUCUUCUUCUCCUUCCCGAACAACGGUGUCGUUUUGCACCUUCCUCACCAUUCCUCAACUUCGCUUUCUCCGCUUUAUAACUCCUCUCUUUCAUCUAUCUACAUUCCGAUCCAUUCAUCUUCUUCUCCUUUCUCGCAUCCACCGACUCGCACAACACAGAGAGGGGAUUUUCUUUUGCUAAAUUGAUGACAUGGAGCAGUAUGAAGUACUUGAGCAAAUUGGAAAAGGUGCUUUUGGUUCGGCGCUUCUUGUGAGGCAUAAACAUGAGAAGAAAAAAUAUGUGUUGAAGAAGAUUAGACUUGCCCGGCAAACGGAGCGCUCUCGCAGAUCCGCGCACCAGGAGAUGGAACUUAUCUCUAAAUUGCGAAACCCAUUUAUUGUGGAGUAUAAAGAUUCAUGGGUAGAAAAGGGUUGCUAUGUCUGCAUUAUUAUAGGUUACUGUGAGGGCGGAGAUAUGGCGGAAACUAUAAAGAAGACUAAUGGCGUUCUGUUUCCUGAGGAGAAACUUUGCAAAUGGCUUGUUCAACUUCUUAUGGCACUUGACUACCUGCACAUGAAUCACAUUCUUCAUCGUGAUGUCAAGUGUUCAAAUAUCUUCUUGACGAAAGAUCGUGACAUACGUCUCGGUGAUUUUGGACUUGCCAAAAUGUUGACUUCUGAUGAUCUCGCUUCCUCGGUUGUGGGAACUCCUAGCUAUAUGUGCCCUGAGCUCCUUGCUGAUAUACCUUAUGGUUCUAAAUCAGAUAUUUGGUCAUUGGGAUGUUGUAUAUAUGAAAUGGCAGGACAUAAGCCUGCAUUCAAAGCAUUUGAUAUACAAGCAUUGAUUAUCAAGAUUAGCAAGUCCAUAGUGGCUCCACUACCGACAAAAUAUUCUAGUUCAUUUCGAAGUCUGGUGAAAAGCAUGCUGCGAAAAAAUCCAGAGCUGAGGCCCAGUGCUUCAGAGCUUCUUGGGCACCCACAUCUUCAACCUUAUGUUCUAAAGAUCCAUCUGAAACUCAAUAGCCCCAGGCGUAGUACAUUGCCUGUUCAUUGGCGAGAGUCAAAGUACACGAAGAAAACUAGAUUUUUAGAUCCAAAAGAUGAUACCGUUACUAUCCGUAAGGAUAAGCGCUAUUCUUACAGUAAUGACCGGACUUUAAAUCCUAGUGUGUCUGGAGCUGAUCAAGAUUCUGUAUGUUCUACCCUAGAAAUAGGUUGUACUCCUGAUCAUUUGAAUUCAAGAAUGGCAGAACUAUGUACAGCUAAUAGCCGUGACAUGAAGUCAGUCCAUAAACCUGCUGUUUCCAGAACUUCUAGUAUUGCUAAGACUCCAAAUCCAAAGUUCACUUCAUCAAAAGUUUCCGGCACCAACAAGAAAUCAAUGGAACCCUCGAACAAUCGCAAGGUGGUAAAGCAAACUCUACCUGUUUCACAAAAUAUCUCAAAAUCCGCUCAUACAAAUCGCAGAGCAUCAUUUCCAUUGUCAACAAGGGGUGGUAUUCAGGAGCCUCCUUGCAGGCAGAGUGUUGGUUUACUUAGCCAUGUGUCUUCACCAGAGAUCUCAGUCAACUCUCCCCGAAUUGAUAGGAUAGCUGAAUUUCCAUUAGCAUCAUAUGAAGAUUCUUUAUUCCCAAUCAACAAAACGUCAACCUCUGGACAAGUUUCUUCGGGAUUCCCACCUCGUGACAAUUAUUCAACUGUGAUAGACAAAUGCACAAUAGAGGUAUGCGAUAGGGCCUCUUCAAAUCCUAAAAGUACCGAUGAUUGGCAGGGAAUCAAGCGCAGCAUGUUAAAGGAAAUUCACGAGGAUAAAAGCGGUUCCUCUGAUCAAAAUGCAACGGCAGGUGCAUCAAGCUACACAUCUUCAGACUUGCAGCGCCGACAGUUUGACACUUCGUCUUUCCAACAAAGGGCUGAAGCCUUAGAAGGGUUGCUUGAAUUUAGUGCAAGAUUGCUCCAGCAAGCAAGGUAUGAUGAACUUGGAGUUUUGUUGAAACCAUUUGGCCCCGGCAAGGUUUCCCCGAGAGAAACAGCUAUAUGGUUGAGCAAAAGCUUCAAAGGGAACGCUAACAACACGGAAGAAUCCCCGUAAACUGCUGUAGUAUGUAUGCACUGUAGUCAUUUAUUGAGUUCGGUGUUUCUUCACGGGAGCAUUUAGCCAGCUGAUUUUUGUAGGCUGUCACUUUUUUUAUUUACCUUUUUCUUCCACUUUACUGAGAAAUCAUGACUCAAGUUUGUUAACUGAUUAAUGAAGCAGAUCAUAAAUAUUUUCAUGAUAACGAUACCUGUCUGACUCAUGUGGCUAAUUGUUGUAAUAGAUAUUUUAUGAUGUCUUAA